UUGUUCGCAUCAGUUUGAAGCUGCCCAGAGCUCUGCGACUCGCCCAGAUCAGACCAGCGACGGGAUCAAAGAUGGCGGCACGGCCAGGCGAGGAGAAUGUAGCCACGCUCUUUGCAGAUGUUCACUACUUUUACUCGCCGGCAAAUGUAAAGCCUCGCCAUCACCGGUUCGACAAGGGAUCCUACGUCUAUCUGUUUGAGAACGCCGGCGAGCGGAGGUGUCGCAUUGAGAUUGCAAACAACCCCGGCACAGAAGACCAAGACGCAUUCUACGGAUUCCUCGACCAGGCGCACGUCCGAUACUCGUACAAGCAGCACUGCGCCGUCUCGCUGACCGUCGCCGACUCGGUGGACCAGAGCGAGUGGCAUCUCCCGACCUACGACCCGCGCAACGAGAACAAGUACCACUACAAGCUGCACUCGCUCGACAUCUACUUCUGGACGCAGCAGGAUGCGCUGCAGUUCGUCAACGGCGUGCGCCGCGUGCUGCCGCCGGCCCAGGUCGAGGUCCUCGACGAGCCCGGCCCGCCGCCUCAGCCCGCGGGCAUGAGCGCCGUCAUCCAGAAGCUCGAGAGCGCCGCCAUUUCGGAUCCGCAGUACAGCAACGGAGCCACAACACCAAGCAUGUCCAUGCCUCCUCCGCCGCCUCCGCCUCAAGCUCAGCCGGCAAGCUUCGCACCCAUGGCAUACAACCCGGCGGCACCCGCUGCGCCCGAGGCCAUCCGCCAUCGCGAGAAGACGCCUCCUCCGGACGAGGAUCCUCUGAAUCCUCUGGCGGUCGCAGUGGCAUAUGACUAUCGCGGCCAGCCUUUCACUCCCGGGAUCCCUCCUCCGUCUCAGUUCCCGCCGUCGGGAGUCACCAGCCCAGGGUUUGCGCCUCCUCAGUUUGCGGCACCGCCAGUCCACCCUGGAAUUCACCGAGCCACGACGAUGCCGGCCCAGGGCCUGCCGUCGCCGGGGCUCCCUGGCACCUACGGAGUGGGCUUCCCAGCAUCGCCAGGCCUCCCUCCGCCACCCGCAUCUCAGCCGCCAAUGGCAACCCAAGGUCUUGCUAGUCCUCCGCCAGGCGGGUACUCCAACUACUCGUACUCGCAGCAGCCCGGCUAUGCGCCAACAGGUUCGGUGGAUUAUUCGAUUCACCAGCAGGUAUACAGGCCGACGGAGGCCGAAGCAGCCCACAAAUAUCAACCGAAGCAAGAGGGCAAGGGGAAGUUUGAGGAGAAUGCAGGCCGGAUCGAGAGGGGCGUGACGGGCAUGCUGAAGAAGUUUGAGAAGAAGUUUGGUUAGGCGGUGGCGACGGAGACGGAGACGGGUCGGUGUGAGGGCGGGCGCGCCAUGGGGAGAGAGGAUGUGAUUGUGAUUUUGAAGGAUGCAGAGGUACCUAGGGAUGUCCAACUGGCAGGAGUACCGGGAUUGUACCAAAGAUAUGUUUCGUCACAUGACGCUUUCUGUUUGAAUAGGGAGGUACGCAAAGUGAGUGCAGAUUUGAUUCUUCAUUUUAUUCUAUCGAGUGCUGGCCGUUGUGGUCGGUUGCUAAGAUCAAUGUUAGCACUGCUACUAUUUUUGUUAUCAGUUG